GAACAAACAGCACAUGCUCUUUGGGGUUUUGUGAGAACAAUGCAUGCAGCACCAUGGAUUUACUUUCUGUUUAUCAUGGGGCCAUCAGCCGAGAAAUGUGUGAAAAGCGCCUGUGUGAAGUGGGCAAAGAUGGGAGCUAUUUGAUUCGAGACAGUGAGAGUGUGCCUGGGUUAUACUGCCUGUGUGUUCUGUGUAAAGGCUUUGUCUACACAUACCGUAUCCAGCAGGAUGCAGCGGGCUCCUGGGCAGCUGAGACGGCACCAGGUCAGAAUAAACGCUUGUUCCGAAAAGUCAAGAAUUUAAUAAGUGCCUAUGAGAAACCAGACCAGGGCAUUGCUUUCCCCCUCAUCUACCCUGUAACUGUCCAGAACUACCGUCAAGACCAGAACAUUCAGCAUAACCAACCUUAGAAUAGUGAAACAACAUAUAAGCAUGUUGAAAUAUGCAUUGUGUCAAAUUUUUUGUGCUUCGAUAUAAUACGAUACGUUUUGUAUACAUAACCAGUGCUGUACUGUAGCUAUGGGUGUUUAUAUCGUUAAACCAUAGUUGUAAAAAAUGCCACCUUUAUUUAUGUAUGAAAUGUGCAUAGUGUUUGGAGGCUAUUAAUAAAAAUAAAUAAGAGUAGUAAUUUAUUCAUGUAUGACAAGAGUUAGCAUAAAAACUAUUAAAUGCUGCAAAAUGUCACAGUUCCAGUGGAACACUAAGGUUAUGCAAUAUAAUUCAAUAUUAAUACUGAAAAACUAUAAAUCAUUGAAAAGCUCUAAGAAGGUAGUUUUUAUAUUUCAGAACUGUUCUGCAAUAGAAGUCACUUAGGAAAAGUAAUUUUCUCCAAUGUCACUGGGCCCAUUUGGUACCAUUAUAAAUAUAACAUAUUUUAUUGUAAAUCUCAAAAUAAAUCUCAAAAACUUCUAUAUCAUCGGAAAGCUCCAAGAAUGUCCUUUUUAUGUAUAAUGAUGAAAUGUAUUAAUUUGUCAUAUGUAUGCAGCAAACCAUUGGAGCCUAUAUGACACCUAGUGGCAGUUGUUGGUGUAAUGAUAAAACGUAUCCCAGAAAACAUUUUUUAUAUUAGCCUUCAAAUUUGAAAGUAUGUCUUUAAUUUUCUGGUGUUUUUUAUAAGAAAAGUUUUUGAUGAGAUUUUUUUGUAAAAUAAAACAAUGUUUAUUUA